CUCUUUAAUGUUUUUUGCCUUCCAGGACUCAUUAUAUGGUGCAGGAUAUAUGGUUGCAUUUGCUGGUCGCAAAUAUGCUGCAAGAUCCCUUCCUGCUUUUGUUGCUAACAGUACAUACACUGUAACGAGCUUUACCCUUGUGCUUGAGUUUAACAGGGGCAGGCUGCAAAACCUAUAUUGGAAAAGAGAUGGCUGUGCUAAAUGUGUGGGGGACUCUACCCUUGUAUGUCUCAACAACCAAGACUGUGCAAUCAAAACAUCCAACUGCAAAAACCAUGGUGGAAAUGUAGAUUGUAGCCUUGGGAUACAAUUAGCAUUCUCUGGCACAGAUAAACACCUUUCAGUUCUGAACUCGUGGUAUGAAGUGGAGAACCUUCGACAGUACUCCCUGUAUGGCCUUUAUUCAAAUCUUAAGGAUUCCCUCACUAGCCAGUAUAGCAAUAUCUUCUAAUUGUCCUUCUCAUGGUUGAUUGAUCUCUUGCUACUCGUAUGUUGUAACUCUUCUUCACUUUCUGUCUUGUUGAUUUGACAUACACUUCUGUUUCCCUGUUCGCUCUGUCUGGAUGCUUCUCCAUGCAGUUAACUUGAUAGUGUCAAAAGAUUUGCACUGCGUAAAUUAUGUACAAUAACAUUAUGGAUAGAGAAUUGUAGGGUCUCAUCUGGUGCAGUAGAUAUUGAUUCCAUAUGAAGCACUUUUAGUUUGUUUUAUUCUUUAUGUUAAUAAUUAGUUUCUAAUGGU